AGUUGUACAGGGUAUUCACCUACUAAGAAAAAACGGAAAACCAAACUUUUGAACAAAGAUGUUGCCGCGGAGUUUGUUUAAAUGUAGAAGAAUUCUAAACGAUGGAAGACGCUUUUUGUCCCAUACUCCAAAAAGACAAGAUGCAAACCCUGUUCUGGAAUACUUCCACAGUAAAAUAAAAGCAACUGGUCCGAUUUCGGUAGCCGAGUUUAUGAAGGAAACUUUGACUAACCCACAAUCCGGGUAUUACAUGAAUAGAGAUAUGCUUGGAAAUGAUGGUGAUUUUGUGACGUCACCAGAACUUAACCAAAUAUUUGGAGAGAUUAUCGCAAUAUGGUUUAUCAACGAAUGGAAUGCUCUGGGUUCUCCUGCGGAACUUCAAAUAGUAGAACUAGGUCCUGGUCGUGGCACGCUAGCAGAAGAUAUUCUCAGGACAUUUCACCAACUUGGUCAUGUUUUAAAAGACACAAAACUUUGGUAUAGUUUUGUGGAAGUGAGUCCUACUCUUUCAAAAAUCCAACAUGAACGCUUAUUGGACUCUACUUCAUCUAAGACCAGUAACGGUGAAGAGAAGUGGUAUUUAUCUGGAAAAUCCACACAUGGUGUAAACCUGCAGUGGUAUAAAUCGCUACAAGAUGUGCCUAAUGGCAAAGUGACAAUUUUUGUUGCACAUGAGUUUUUUGAUGCUUUACCAGUGCAUAAGUUUGUGAACAGUGAUAAAGGGUGGCAGGAAGUAUAUGUAGAUAUAUGCCCGGAUGACGCAGCCAUGAAACUACGCUAUGUUGUCUUGCCAAAACCAACUAUUGCAAGCAGGACAUUAAUUAAGAAAGAUGAAAACCGCAAUCAAAUUGAAGUUAGUCCUCAGUCUGGGAUUAUUGUCCAAGAGAUGGCUCAAAGAAUUGUUGCUGAUAAAGGAGCAGCAUUAAUUGUAGACUACGGCCAUUAUGGGACAAAGCAAGACACACUGAGGGCUUUCAAGUCCCAUCAACUUUGCGAAGUAUUCUCUACUGUUGGGGAGGCUGAUCUGACAGCAGAUGUAGAUUUUAAGUAUUUAAAACAAUCAAUUGAAGAUUACAAUGUGACAACUAUGGGGCCAAUUCCUCAACAUGUUUUUUUGAGGAAUAUGGGGAUUGACACCCGACUCAUGAUGUUGCUACGAAGUACCACAGAUGAUGAUGUUCGACGCAAGUUGAUUGGAAGUUAUGAAAUGAUCAUGAAUCCAAAACAGAUGGGAGAAAGAUUUCAAUUUUUCUCUCUUCUGUCAAAACAAAGACUAGAAGAAGUUCCAAUAGCAGCCUUUACAACUAACUCCUAAAACUUAACCUUCGAACGAAUGUGACUGGUGUAAAAAAUGUUCUUACUUUUAAACUAAAACAUUACUUUACCACACCGGCAAACAUAAGUAAUUUUUUACCAAGCUGUGUCUUCAUUUCGCUAAGUAAAAACAAAUUAUAAAAAUUGCUGUUA